UAGCCUCAAGGAGCCCACAAACAAAACGUCCCAGCUACAAGGGUCUUACACUGCCUCCUAAGAUCCAUAUAUAAACCAGCACACUAGAGCACAGAGAUAUAUAGAAGACUCAAGGGAAGAGUGACGUUUUACAUCCGUGGACUUGGAGUCUUCAGAGUUAACAGGUUUGUUUUGCUGAGACCUGAGGGCACUUGUUGGAGAAGAAUUUCUGAACUUUGCAGAACACAGCACAGCUUUUGAAAAGAAUGGCGCAACGACAGAACUCCGACAAAGACCCGACUAUUGAACUCUUCAUAAAGGCUGGCCAUGAUGGAGAGAACAUGGGCAACUGCCCCUUCUGCCAGAGGCUCUUCAUGGUCCUGUGGCUAAAAGGAGUCAAGUUCACCGUGACAACCGUCGACAUGAGGAAAAAACCAGCAGAGCUGAAGGAUUUGGCACCUGGGACCAACCCUCCGUUCCUCCUGUACAACGGCACCCUCAAGACGGACUUUAUCAAGAUCGAGGAGUUUCUGGAACAGACAUUGGCCCCUCCCAGGUAUCCACACCUUAGCCCACUCAGCAAAGAGUCCUUUGACGUGGGUGCUGACAUUUUCGCCAAGUUUUCCGCUUUCAUUAAGAAUAGACCAGCCAACAGUACUUUCCAUGAGAAGGCGCUGCUGCGGGAGUUCAAGCGUCUGGAUCUCUACCUGACCUCCCCCAUCCCUGAAGAGAUUAACCAAAACUCCAGAGAAAACAUCUUUGUCUCCAAGAGGAAGUUCCUGGAUGGCAACCAUCUCACCCUGGCAGACUGCAACCUGCUGCCCAAGCUGCAUGUCAUCAAGAUUGCUGCCAAGAAGUACUGUGACUUUGACAUCCCGGUCCAGUUCACUGGUGUAUGGAGGUACCUGAACAAUGCCUACGAGAGGGAGGAGUUCAGUCAGACCUGCCCCGCCAACAUCGAGAUCGAGAAGGCUUACCUGGACGUAGCCAAUAAGAGGCUGUAAACCUAUAAACAAUCUUUAGCCAACAAUUACACAACCAUUA